AUGUCCACACCUACUCCUCCAGGCGGUCAGCGUACUCUCCAAAAGAGAAGAGCAGCUCAAUCUGCCAAAGAGAAGCAACAAAAGCAGACCCCUACCUCCACUAGACAGGCGGGUUUUGGUGGAUCCUCCAACAGCGUGUUGAAGCUAUACACUGACGAAGCUAAUGGAUUGAGAGUUGAUCCGCUGGUCGUGCUAUUUCUAGCAGUCGGAUUCAUCUUCUCUGUGGUGGCACUUCACGUUGUGGCCAAGGUCGCCGGGAAGCUAUUCUAA